AUGAUCUACCUCUUCAUAUUAUUCAUCUUCCUUCGAUUGUCCUUAGCCACUGAUGGGUUCAAAGGUCUGUAUGAAAUUUCUGGAUUUCAUUGCUACAGCAGGCAAGAACUUACCCCACUUCUUUCUCGCUCAAUUCAACUUUCCUUCCAGAGACUCGAUGAGAUUGCCACGUCAUUUACACGGAAAGCCACAAACCACAGAGCCUCCAUUCGAUUUAUCGGUCUUUGAUGCGGCAGGGAAACGAGUGGAAGGCUAUGAAGUCGGAAAGACUUACACAGGUAUCUUUAUAAGAGCAUCUUUCAUCAAAUUCCCAAAAUUCCAGUCAAACUGGAAGCCUACGUGCACUUCCGAGGUCUGAUGAUUCAGCCGAGACUCUGCACGCCUUCUGGAGUCAUAAUCGGCUCGUUGAGAGGCGGAAAGUUCAUAGAAGAUGAUUCGUUUGAGACGCAUGGUAGGCCUGAGUUUUGAGUGAAGAAGAAUGAAGUAGUGUAAGUGCAGAAUCGGAUUCCAUCAAUGCGGAAGACUUGUAACCAACGACUCUCUCACCCAUACUGGCGACGACAAAAAGUUCCUGGCAGAAGCGAAAUGGGAAGCCACGCACGACGUCGGAAAUGUGCAAUUUGUGUAAGUUUUUCUCUUCAGUACUUUUUCGUUGAUUUCCCAGUUCUCCAGCGCCACAAUCGCCACGGAAAACGUGUUGUAUUGGGAGAGAUGGCGUCCGAAACACGCAUUCCUGAAAGGCCCUUACCAGAGAUAUUCCCGUCAAGAUCCCAACAUUUUUGUGUAUAAUUUGGAAAAAGAUACGGAACAGAGAUCAUCGGAGAAAGUGGUCACUUCGGAGCCGAUUCUGCCCUCUCAGCAUCCGCUUUUCGAGGAACAGAAGGAGUUUCUGAAGACUAAGAUGUCAAUGGUCACAGUGCCGACUGAGGAAACGUCGGAGAACACUGAGGAUGUGUUCGAUUUUGAUGGGCUGGCGUUCGAGAGCAGCUCAGCCGGACCAGUGGGCAAAAAGAUCGAAGUGACUGCGGCGGAGGUCAUGAUCGGCGAAAAGGACGAUGUGACCAGGAUUCCAGAGAUUACGGUAACACAAACUUCGUCUCAAAGUAUCUAUAAAGUUUCAUUUUCCAGCAUUCAUCCAAAUUUCUCAUCGAGAAGUCGGUCACCACUGAAUCCUCUUUCAUGAUGGGAAGAAUGUUCAAAAAGUUCGCUCCACUGAAUGAUACCGUACUCCGGGAGGAUGAUCUCAAAUUCCUGAAUGCGCACGCUCAUCUUCAUCAUCUUCAACAUGACUUCGUCGACAAUAAUGACCUGGAAAUGGAAGGUGAGACACAUUUGGGACGGUAUCCGGGAUAACACAGAUCUCUUUCAGAAAAGUGCCAAGAGAAUCCGUGUGAGAACGGCGGAUCGUGCACUUUGAACAAGGGAAAAGUGCAUUGUGAGUGUGCUCUGGGAUAUUCUGGAGUGAACUGCACAGAAAUCGACAAGUGCAUCGACAAUGACUGCGCGAACAACUCGACUUGUUACAAUGACAAACUCUCGCAUUCCGGUUACUCCUGCAAGUGCUCAGUUGGAACUGUGGGAAAGCUUUGUGAAGGUAACUCCGAGGACUAACUUUUCUUCACUUUUUCUAGUUCACGACUAUGAUUUUCAGUUGAAUGUCCAAUGGAUCAGUGCCUAAACGGCGGAAAGUGCUACUUGAAUACAUUCGGAAAACUCGCGUGCAAAUGUGCUCCAGGUACAACUGGCAGAAAGUGCGAAAGGGGUCAGUUCCAGUGUAUAAUUCAACUCGAACCCAUUCGAACUUUACAGAAAUCAAUGAGUGCGGCUGGAACAAGUGCCAGAACGGCGCGAAAUGCGUCGAUCUGUUCAAUGAUUACAAAUGCGAGUGUGGCGACGGAUGGAUGGGAAGGAAUUGUGAAAGUGAGUGAGCACAGGAUCUUUGAGGUAAUUUUCAAGCUUUUCAGGACCGUGCCAAGACAUUUACGGGUCGUGUAGGGUGUGGAAACGAGAGGGUCAAUGCGAUGAAAUGAGGAAUGCCACCGACUUUUUCGAUUUGAACUGUGCGGCUUCUUGUGGGGUUUGUGAGAAGUUGGAGAAUAUUACAGGUACUUUCCUUUUCCUUUCCUAGAAAUCAGUACGGUUUCAGAAUUCGACUACCUGCCCCUCCAACCGAUUCUGCUGCCAUUUGCGUGGCUUUUGGGUGAAUGGCAAUCGCAAGUCAAAGGAUGGAAUAACCAUACAACUGAUUAUCCGGUUGACAUGGAUGGAAUGGUCUAUAACGAAACUGUCACUUUCUCCGUGGCGCCGUCGCUCAGUUUCGGGACACCGUACAUUAAUUACACGUGGGUGAUAAAGUACCAUUCGUACCGUAACCCCCAGUUUCAGUGCCACAAUGACCAGCCUCGAUGAUCCUUCGAAUGUACACCAAUACAAUGGAUUCUUGACUAUUCAGCAGUACAAAGAUGACAACCAAACAACGGAUAAAGGAGCUCUGACAACUGUGAGCAACACCGGACUCAUCAUGAUCGAGGAGGGAGACAUUCUGGACGAAAGGACGUCUUCCGAAGGAGCGCCCACUCUGAUGCUCACUCCGACGUACCAGUACUUCAGAAUGAGACAAGGAACCCGACACGUCAUCCGCAACGAUCCAAGAGAUGGUUCACGGUGA